GCUUCGAAACACUGCUGAGAUAAACACAUAGAAAAGUAAGAAACGGCAAAGCAGCAAGAAAAGAAAGCAGCUAAACAAAAAACAAAAAGCGUGUAUUUCAAAUUUUCUACUGUUGGACAUUAUUAAAUACACAGCAAAAUUUUGUUUCACGAAGAAUUCUAUGUAAAAGGAAGAACACAUCUAAAAUGUACUUGUAGUACUUGUAACUGUAAAAAGAAAAAACCCAACAAGAAAUUUUCAAUAAUUUUAUGAAAAUUAUUAAAUCUUAUAAUUGCCAUCAAACAAAUGCAACGGACCAACGCCAUUUAAGUGAUAAACUACAAACAAACAACAAACAACAACCAACAACAACAAAAGUGCUGUGAUUUCCAACUACAAAACAACAACAACAACAACAACAAAUCAAGUUAAUUUCAACUCAAUCAGCAGCAUCAAUUUUAAUAAACAACCAGCAAAUUGUGAUAAAUCAUAAAUAAUAAAUAACAACAAGCAAAAACUAUUAAUUAAUUUGUUAAAACGUUUCAAGUGAUACAAAGAGAAGCGAAAUAAAUUCAAGAAGCGAGAAAAUCGACAACAGAACAUUUUCCCGAAACCAACUAACUAGAAAAGCAUCGAGCACCGAAGAAAAUCAAGAGUUCUAAUGAAAAUGGAAGUUCUCGCUGUGCAGUCAAACUACGGCGGCGUCCUGGGAUCCAACAAAGUUCGCGAUUGGACCAGCACAUUGACACCGCCCACGUCCGCCGUUGCGGCCAAGAAGGUCGCCCCCGUCGCCAACAGCGCCAGCAGCGCAGCCAGCAGCAGCAGCAUCAUCGGCCGCAGCCAGAACACACACAGUAUUAAGCACAAGCAGCAGGCGAGCAGCAGCAGCAGCAGCGGCAUCGGCAGCAAGAAAACAAAAUCUAGCAGCCAUCCCAUCAACAGCAGCAGCCCUUACAGCAGCAGCAGCAACAGCAGCAGCAGCAGCAGCAACAGCUCCUACAGCUGCGAUGAGGACGAGCUGGCGGCCUGCAGCGACGUCGAUGUGGCCGCUGUUAGCGAGCUUUCGAACCGUCUGCUGGACAAGCUGCGCGAGGCGAAGGCGCGCCAUUUGGCGUGCACCGAAGUGUCGCUACCCUGUGAUCUCACGCCGAACAUUGCGGCGGAUAUAAUUCGCGUUUCGGAGAAGGAGCCUUGCGGCACACGCGGCUGCACCAUUUACGUGGAAUUCGAGGAUGAGCCACAGAACUCGCGGCGCAUUGCCUCGCUCAAGGUGGAUCCGGAGACGGUCUCCACGUUCGAGGUGUAUCUCACGCUCCGACAGGAUCAUCGCGGCUGGACGGCCCUGUUGCCGCAGUUCAUGAAGAGCCUGGCACGCACCAUCACCAUCAGCCCAGAGUAUACCAUAACUAAGCAUAAGCUUUACUCGGCCGAUGGCCUGGGUGCCAGGCGCAGCUACAGCUUUGGCUCAAGCUCCAGCUCAAGCUCAAGCCACAGCCAGGCGAUUGCAACGCCAACGAUAUAAGAGCGCGAGUGCAAUCACAGCUUAAGCGCGAGCAAUUGCCGAGCGAGAGAGCGAGAGAGAGAGAGAGAGACGGAGACGCAGUUAUAUUUAUAUACACAUAUAUAUAGAAGCGAGCCCAGCGAGUGCGACAAAGAAACGCGCCCAACACCGCCCAACACCCCCUGUGAUGUCGAGAGCAGUAGUUAGUUGCGAGCGCAACGCGACGACGAAGCAAGUAUUCGAAGCCACCCCACCUACACAAAUACAUACACACACACAUACACACACACACAUACGCAUACACAUUAGUAUACGACACACACACACACACACACUCAUACUAAUAACAAGGAGUUGCUCUUGAGCCUGCGCCGCUCGCUCACCCGCAACUCUUUGCAUACAAUUUUGUAAUUGUGACUCUCACCACCAUUUUACUUAGAUGCGUAGUAGAUGCUAUAAAAAGCAGCAACAAAACAAAAAGCAAACAAAUAACUAGAGUUUUAAGUUGUUUCUCCUUUUUCAACAAACAAAAAAAGCAAAAACAAAAAUAUUAUAAAAUAAACAAAAAAAUGAAAACAUGAAAUUCAAAGACGGCGAUCCGCAAGCCACAGCAGUGAGCGCCAGGGCCAGUCGGCAAUUGUUUUUGCCAACCCUCGCUCUGCCUCUCUGCUGGGCCGCUGCGAGGGUCGCUCGUCGACAACUCAUGAAUAUGUGAUACUGUUUAAGAUGCUAAGAGUUUUUUGCGUGCGCUCGCAAGUACGGCCAGGCAAAAAACGUUGAUAAAUACACACACACACACACACACACACACACUACACACCUACACACCUACACACACACACACACACAUACAAAUAAAAAAAGAAAAACAACAUAAAAAUUAAAUGUGAACAGAUUUUUUUAAUUGUAUGCUAUUCUAGUAAUAAACAAAACAAACAACAAAAACUUGAUCUUGAUAAAUUUAAAAUUUAACAUACGUUUAAUGAGAAGCAUCGUAAAAGAGAGCUGUAAACUCUGCUGAUCCAAGGAUCAGCUGCGAGUGUGAAAGAGACGAAAGAUACGAGGAGACGGAGACGGAGACGAACGAUCCAAUUUUAGUUAGACGCAGCUUGCUGCAUUAAAAAUUUUUUAAAUUAUUUAUUAAUCUUAAUUAAAACCAACAAAUUUUAGGAUUUUAACAAAUUUUUAUAUAUUAUUAAAUGUAUAGCGCGUACAACAAAAACAUCAUUAAAAUUACAAAAAACAAAAACAAAACAAAAACAAACAAAAAAAUGUACCACAUAAAAUUAAUAAUUGCUUUAAUGUUAAGGCAAAAGAAUAUCUCAGUAAAUGUGAAAGCGUAAAAAAUUUGUAAAAUUUUUUUUUGUCUGUGUAAAACUCCAAUUGCGAUAAAAAACAAAAAAUUGAAAACCUUAAUGUAGCAGCAAAAACUGAUAACAACAACUAAAACAAAAUUAAUGCGAUAUAAUUUUUAAAAACUAAAAUUAACGUAACAAAGAAAACUUAAUGUUCUCACACACACACACACACUCACACACACACAAAAGUAUCUAUACCAGCUUAAAGUAUCUUUAUCUUUAAAAUCGAAAACUAUUUAUUAUAAAAAGAAAACAAAAAAACACACACAAAAAAACUAUAAACAACAAGUAAUUCAUGUAUUAAUUUUUUAUUAUUACAACAAAAACCAACAACAUAUUGUAUUUAAUGUUAAGUUUUUUUAUUGCGUAAUUUAAAAACAAAAACAAAUAAUUGUGAGAAAUUUGUAACCAAAAUGUAAGCAAAACAAACAAAAAAAAAACAAAAA